UUCGUGCCAUUACUGCACGUUCUUCUUCUUCUUCUUCUUGUUGCUGCUGCUGCUGCCAUGGCUUCCUCGAGAGUGGAUCUAGAUGGGAACCCAAUAAAGCCCAUAACGAUUUGCAUGAUCGGUGCCGGAGGUUUCAUAGGCUCCCACCUCUGCGAGAAGCUCAUGACGGAGACGCCGCACACGGUGCUCGCUUUGGACGUUUACAACGACAAGAUCAAGCACCUCUUGGAGCCUGAAACGAAUCCAUGGCAUGGUAGAAUCAACUUCCACCGCCUCAACAUCAAGCACGAUUCGAGGCUCGAAGGUCUUAUCAAAAUGGCAGAUCUGACGAUUAAUUUGGCUGCUAUAUGCACUCCUGCGGAUUACAACACGCGCCCUUUGGACACCAUUUAUAGCAACUUCAUCGAUGCACUUCCAGUGGUGAAGUACUGUUCUGAAAACAACAAGCGUCUCAUUCAUUUCUCGACUUGUGAAGUGUAUGGGAAAACCAUUGGGAGCUUUCUCCCUAAGGAUAGCCCGCUUCGUAAGGAUCCUGCAUACUAUGUACUUAAAGAAGAUGAGUCUCCAUGCAUUUUUGGUUCCAUUGAAAAGCAGAGAUGGUCUUAUGCCUGUGCAAAGCAGUUGAUUGAGAGGCUGAUUUAUGCUGAGGGUGCUGAAAAUGGUUUGGAGUUCACAAUUGUGCGACCCUUUAAUUGGAUUGGACCACGAAUGGAUUUCAUUCCCGGCAUUGAUGGUCCAAGUGAAGGUGUUCCUCGUGUUCUGGCAUGCUUUAGCAAUAAUCUCCUGAGGAAAGAGCCCCUAAAGCUUGUGGAUGGUGGUCAAUCCCAGAGGACUUUUGUUUAUAUUAAGGAUGCUAUUGAAGCUGUCUUGUUGAUGAUUGAAAAUCCUGCUAGGGCUAAUGGACACAUCUUUAAUGUUGGUAACCCAAACAAUGAGGUUACAGUUAGGCAGCUUGGGGAAAUGAUGGUUAAGGUUUACUCUAAGGUAAGUGGAGAUCCACCUUUGGAAAAUGCUACAGUUGAUGUGAGCUCUAAAGAAUUUUAUGGUGAGGGAUACGAUGAUAGCGACAAGCGAAUUCCAGACAUGACCAUCAUUAACAGACAGCUUGGAUGGAACCCAAAAACCUCACUUUGGGACUUGCUUGAAUCCACACUGACCUAUCAGCACAGGACCUAUGCUGAAGCCAUUAAGAAAGUCAUUGCUAAACCUGUUGCAAGUUAAAGCUUUACAACAUGAUCAUGGUUACAUUGUGAAGAAUGUUCAGUCCAUCAGAGUGCCUUAACAUCAUCAUAUAUAUACAUAUAGUUUACAAUUACAUGGUGAAUUUCCUCACUUUGGUUUUUUUAGCCAACAUAGUCCAUGAUAGCCCCAUGUCCCCCUUUGUUGCAUGUUUAGGAAAUGUAGGAAGAUAUCAAGGACCCAGAAGAAGAGCAAAGAGAGAGAGGAAGAGAGAAAAUCAAGAGGAUAUGUUGUUCUAUGUAAUUUGUGUUUUAGCCUUUUAGGGGUGUGUCAGUCUCUUAUAUAUGUUGUCUUUGCAGAUUCGGUUGUAAUAUUUGCUCAUGUUUCUUUAAGUUAAAUCGUCAUUAAUUUAAUUUAUUUUUUCGAUCA